AUGCCUAUCAUCAAGGAUUGUAUCUCGCCGCCGCUAGAGGCUGGGUCUUCCCUCCUCGACGCAAAACAGCUGCCAACAGUUUUGAUAUCUGCUUUGGAGUACGUCUCGAGUCGGCUGGCGAGGAAGCGUCUCCAUAUCUCCCUCAUCGUCAUCCGCAAAGAAGUCCAAGUCCCAGUCACCCCGUCAGACUCGAGCAGCUCAGUUACUACUUCCGCUGCCCAAUCACUGUUCAGUCGGAGCUCAUCAUCGGCAUCAUCCGCCUCUUCGCGCUCCCUCGGCAGCUCCUCGAGUUGCUCUUCCCUCUCCUCUUCUACAUGCUCCAGCUCGUCCAGUCUCUCCCGCACGCAAUAUCCAAGCCUCCCAUCCUCUCCAAAAGACUCCACCGCAGUCCCCAAACCCAGAAUCCGCAUCCCAUCCUCCUCGUCACCAGCCCUACCAUGCAGUACACCAACAGCCCCAAACCAAUAUGGCAUCUCCCUCCUUCAUGCCAGCAGUCUGACACCAAAGGCCGAGAAGAUUCUCCGCCAAACAAUCCUGAAAGCCGAAAAGAAAUUCCCCAUCGGAUCCGGCUGGCUCUCUCCCAAGCCCCUCACUAGUUCCUCAAAAUGUGCCGCAACCAACGACCUCAUCCGCCGCUCACUACAGCAAAAUGAGAUCCUCUUCUCCUCUGAAGGUCUCAGUCUCCUCUCCCUUGACCAUGUCUACACAUUCAAGUGCCAACUCCACACCUACUCGCGCACCCUCACACCCUCAGACCUUACCCUCGCAGUCGACGAGCUCCAGCGCCUUGUGCUAUUGCAGCAAGGUCGACGAAUCACCAAGGGGUAUCUGAUGCGCGCCUAUGAUUGGCUCGGCGUGAGUCUUGCAGCUCUAGUAGAUGUCAACGAAGGGUACAAGACCGCAUACGGAGGAUGCGAACGGAGGGGCGGGAUUGAGGUAGUAGAACCGGAAACACGCACACAGAAGCAGCUUCCGCAGCUACAACUGCAAACCAGCUUCACCAAGCCCACAGCAGUGCCAUCGUUCUCCGUGAGGAUGAGCAUCGUGGGCUCACGUGAGAGUGAAGCUUCAUGGUUCAGCGAAGAUGAUGAGACGCCAUUACCCCUCAGCGUCGUCGAGGUCGGCGAGAGCGCGAAGGGCACAGAUCUCCUGAGUGCAGUCAGCUGCCAGUUCGAUCUCGAGCGUGUCGCCGCUGCCGUUGAGAACCGCGGCCCUCACCUCCGCGGCCCUCUUACACCGAAUACAUUCGAAGAUAUCACUCCUGUGACUCAAGGAGAAUGGUGUUUUUUGAUGGUUGGGAAUGUGAGACGUGGACCUGUGGAGACUUGUUAG